AAAGAUGGCAGUUCUCUGAACGGAAGUGUUUCCAAUGCUCACCUUCCUGCGCGCUGUGAUGAUGCUAUAAUGUGUUUCCCGGGAGCAGCUGCAGACAGAGGAAGACAGUGCUGUGCUGAAAUCUAGUAUCAUAGACUGUGGGAAGAUGGGGAAGAAAAAGGGUCCAGCACGCAGACUAGAGAUCACCUUUGAUGAGGAGAAGAGAAGGGAUUAUCUGACCGGAUUCCAUAAGCGUAAAUUACAGAGGAGGAAAGACGCUUUGGAGGAAAUCAAACGUAAAAUCAAACAAGAGCAGAAGAAAAUGAAAGAGGAGAGACACAACGAAUACAUGAAAAUGCUGAAGGAGAGAGAAGAUGCUCUAGAGGAAGCCGACGAGAUAGAGAGAUUUGUGACUGCAAAGACAGAAUCUUUCCAGUACGAUCACCCCAACCACACUGUCACCGUGACAACCAUCAGUGACCUGGACCUCUCGGGUGUCGGUUUGCUUCCCCCGGACAAUACACAGGAAAAUGAAGAGACGGAGCAAAGUGAAGAGCAAAAAACAUCCUACGUACCGUUACCCAAAAAGGCUGGAGACCCACUGCUGUCCAAAAAGAUCUCCUCUCUCACUGCAUCUCUCCAUAGCCGCACGAAGCGCAAAACUAAAAAGCGACCCCUAAGAAAUCAAGAGAACAAGAAACAGGCGGCCGUCAGAGUGUCUGGGCGCACAAGCAAGGCCCAGCGCAGGCGUCAGACUGGGAAAGCUGAGAAGAGGAGAGUCUAAAAAUUUUAGGUGGCUGGCUGCCAUUUUGCCAUUGCCUAUUCACAAUCUGUUUCCAUAGCUGUCUUGUUACAGACACCCUUAAAGUUACAGGCUACUUGAUCUUUUGUUGUUGUUUAAAAAGAUAGAUAACGGCUUCACUCCCCAGCUUUGCACAACCAACUUUGUUAUAUUAUUUUACUUUAUAACCUUUUAAAACCCUCUCUGUCUGUUUCUAAGCCCCUGCAAGCUGUCUUUAGCUCUGUGCAUUUUAUUAGCUUUUCAAAGCUAGUUCAUGCGUGCCAUAUACAUAACAUUGUGCUCAUUCCAGUGGAGUUAUUCAUGAGUCAGCGCUAAGGGGGCAGUUUGCAGAGGCUUAGAUACAAGGUACUCACCGAGAUAUAAAGUAUAUUAAUAUAACUGUGUUGGUUAUGCAGAGCUGUGGAAUAGGUAAUAAAAGGAUUAUCUAUCUUUUUAAACAAUUAACGUUUUAAUCCUCGGCUGCUAGAGGUGCCAGCAGCUGACUGUAAGGCAGUGCCUUCACCCCUCUGGUUGCUACAGAUGAGAUAUACAUGACACUGGCAAGCUACAAAUAGGCUUCCUGCAAGGGACAAGGAAGGUUCCGCUCUCCACUGAGACUUUUGUUCUUUAGCCAGAACUGAACAUCUGUAUUUGAUAUCUCUUACAAAAGUCUAUUUUUACAUCUGUAUAAUAUAUAUUUUUUUCUAUCAAA